GUCCACAACAACCUCGGCAAAUCCUCAAGGUAAGCACGAAUCUCUGCUGAAAGUCUGUACGGCUUGCGUCUGGAGGGAUGUGGAGGACGAGGGCUUUCGAAAGAAGUACAGAGUAUGGGGAACGGGUGGUUGGAAGAGGGUGGAUUGCAGACGGAUGUGGCUGAUGUGACGCUGGCUUCGCAUUUUCCGACCGCGGUGGAGAUGGAGAGGCAUGUACUAAUGUUGCUUUCUUGCGCGUCGCUUGGUCUAGAUGAAGGUCGAGAUCGACACAUUCUCCGGUUACCGUAUCUACCCCUCGAAGGGUAAGCUCUUCGUCCGCGGCGACAACAAGAUCUUCCGUUUCGCCAGCGGCAAGAAUGAGUCGCUUUUCCUCCAGCGCAAGAACCCCCGCAAGAUCGCCUGGACAGUGGUGUACCGCCGGAUGCAUAAGAAGGGUAUCACGGAGGAGGUCGCAAAGAAGCGUUCGCGCCGCACCGUGAAGCACCAGCGUGGCAUCGUCGGCGCCGACCUCGCCACCAUCAACGCGCGGAAAUCACAAACCGCCCAGGUCCGUCUGGCGCAGCGGUCAGCCGCCAUCACGAAGGCCAAGGCAGAGAAGAAGGACAAGGAGAGCAAGAAGGAGAAGAAGCCUGCGACCCGCGCACCCGUGUCAACAGCCCCCCGCGUGUCGAAGCAGCAGAUGAAGGGUGGCAAGGGCGGCCGUUGAGCUGUGCUUGCGGAUUGGUCUUCUGUCGCUCUGCUAUGUUAUGUUUCGGCCUCACCCACACACCGCAAAAUGUAUGGAUACAG